AUGCCCCGGGGCUUUUUGGUGAAGAGGAGUCGCAGACCUACGCCCAUCUCUUACCGGACGCGUUGCUCCUGCUACCCGGCCGCUGGGCUGGAAGGAGGCGAUCCGGUGCAGAUCUUGGUUCCUCCACCUUUUCCCGCCCCUCACUUCGCCAGCGCGGCUUCUGCCUCGGAAUCCGCCGAAGCGGCGCUUCUGCCUGCGCCUGCUGUGCCGCAGUUUGGGACGCCGGAGGGCCCCUCUUCGCCGGCGCCGCUGCACAGUCCAGCGCGAGCGGUGAGCGAGGAACGUAGCCUCCACCUGGCCUCGCCCGUCUCCGCCGAGUCCUUCCCGGCGCCGGAACCGUUACUCUUGGGCCCUGGAGGAGACCUCAAGCUUUGGGCAGUCGCGGCGGCCGCCGCCGCCGCCAUCGCUUCUGGCCCGCCGCCUGCCCCUCAGCGCAGCCAUGGGCCGAGCCCAGGCCCACCGAAGCGUUCUCAGGGCAGAAAGGCCAAGGCAGCCCGCAAGUUGCACUUCGAGGACGAGGUGACUACGUCGCCUGUGCUGGGGCUGCGGAUCAAAGAAGGGCCGCCGGAGCCUGCUCCAACGACGCAGCAAGCGCAGCAGCAGCAGCAGCAGCCGCCGAUCGGCUCGGCCGUGGGGCUGAGAACGGGGAGCGUGCAGCCGCUGGGCGAAUUCAUCUGCCAACUGUGCAAGGAACGCUACCCGGACCCGCUGGCUCUGGCUCAGCACAAGUGCUCGCGUAUCGUGCGCGUCGAGUACCGCUGUCCCGAGUGCGACAAGCUCUUCAGCUGUCCGGCCAACCUGGCCUCGCAUCGCCGAUGGCACAAGCCCCGGCCAGUCAACGGCCCGCCGACCAAGGCCAAGCCUGUUCCGGAGGAGACUGCCAAGGGAGGGGGUGGAGGCGGCGGCGGCGGCGGCGGCAACAGUAGUAGCAGCAGCGAGCGGGAUACGCCGAGUCCCGGGAGCGGUGGGGGCGGCAGCAGCGGAGAACCGGAGGCCGCCGGAGCCGAAGAAUUCACCUGCCCGCGUUGCGCCAAGCGCUUCCGACGCCAGAGCGCCCUGCGUAAGCACCUGCCGCUCCACCACGAGCCCCUUGACGGCUUGUCCCAGGCUCGCCCGCUUCCGGAGGCCUGUCUGGAAGAGGCGGCGGCGGCCGGCCACAGCCCGCUGAGCUUGUCCGGGGAGUGCCACCUCUGCCCAGUGUGCGGGGAGACCUUCCCCAGUAAGAGCGGUCAGGAGCGUCACCUGCGCGUGCUCCAUGCCGCCCAGGCCUUCCCCUGCAAAUACUGCCCGGCGACAUUUUACAGCUCGCCAGGCCUCACCCGCCACAUCAACAAAUGCCACCCCUCGGAGAACCGGCAGGUCAUCUUGCUCCAGGUCCCCGUGCGCCCAGCCUGCUAG